UCAGGCUGGGCUGCGGACAGAGGCAUGUCAGGCUGGGCAGCGGGCAGAGGCACAGGUACGACAGCGGGCACCGAGUCAUCUGGCACGACAGCGGGCACUGAGCCAUCUGGCAGAACAGCGGGCACUGGGUCACCAAGCUCGACAGUGGGCACCGAGUCAUCUGGCACGACAGCGGGCACCGAGUCAUCUGGCACGACAGCGGGCACCGAGUCACCGGGCAAGUCAGCGGGCACCGAGUCACCGGGCAAGUCAGUGGGCACCGAGUCAUCUGGCACGACAGCGGACACCGAGUCACCAAGCUUGACAGCGGGCACCGAGUCACCAGGC